GCCACGUCAGCGCAAUUAAAAGGAAGUAUGUGCAAAUAUGUGUAUUUAUUAAAUUAAAACUUGAAAAAAUAUUAAAAAUAUAGAGCUCAAACUAGUUUGACUUAAAUAAUAAUAUUGUAAAUUAAAUGUAUCAUCUUAUUUGUUUAAAAUCUGAUUAAAAUCUUGUGUGCUUUAAUUAUGAAUAAGCAGGAUAUAAGGCGCAGUUUAGUUCGUGCGAUUCGUCAUGGAGAACUGGAAACAGCAAGAGAGUUAAUAAAUUCUCACGGGCUGUCAUAUUCAGAAUCAUGGUCAAAAGGAUAUUAUUUACUUUGUUAUGCUCUUGAUAAUAAACAUUCGGAGAUUGCUAAAUUACUUUUAACAAGCGGCUCUGAAGUCAACAGUUAUCAAAACUUUUUUAAUACUCCCCUUCAUUUUGCUGUAAUAAAUGGUGACAUAGAAAUUAUAAAGAUGCUUCUAGUCAGAAGUGCUAAUAUUAAUGCUCAAAAUCGCUUUGGCCAAACUCCACUCCAUGAAACGAUUGAAAAUGAUGAUCAAGUAGAAAUUAUCGAAUUACUUUUAAAACAUGAAGCUGAUGUUAAUGUUAAAAAUCGUUAUGGUCGAACUCCACUUUAUAAAGCGGUUAAAAAUAAUCGAUUAGAAAUUACUGAAUUACUUUUAAAACAUAAAGCUGAUAUAAAUGCUGAAGACGAAGACAGAAAAACCCCACUAUUUUAUGCCAUUGACUAUGAAAAUUUGAAAAUUACCAAGCUACUUUUAGAUAAUGGAGCAAAUGUUAAAGAUUAUCCCAAGCUAUUGAAUAUUGCUGUUAAGAGGGAAUGCCCGGAAAUCGUUGAACUUCUUUUGCAACAUAAUGCUGAUGUUAACGCUACCGAUAUAUACGGUAAAACAGCAUUACUUUUAAAUGUAAGUGAUAUUGAAGAUUGUUAUAAAUCUCUUACUGAUAGAGAUUCUUAUGUUAAUAUAAAGAGGAAAAUUACUAAACUGCUUCUUGAUCAUGGUGCUAAUGUAGACGCUCAAACUCGAGAUGGUUCGACGGCACUUCAAUUUGCUAUCUGGAAUGACCAUUCACAAGUUGUUGAAGUGCUUUUAGAAUAUAAUGCAAAUGUCAAUGUUAGAAAUCACAUAGAUCGCGAGACACCACUCCAUGUGUCUGCACGAAGCAGAGAUGUAGAAAUUUGUAAAAUGCUUUUGAAUAAAGGAGCUGACGUAGAUGCUAAGGAAAAGAAUGGAUCCACUGCGCUGCACAUUGCAACUGAAGAGGGUUCCAACGAGAUUGUAAAACUAUUGCUUGAACGUGGUGCUAAAGUUGAUUCUAAAAAUAAAUGUAAUAUUACACCCCUGUAUUUGAGUGCUCAAAGAGAUCAUCAGGAAAUCAUUGAAACUCUCUUGAAAUUUGGUGCUGAUAUUAAUUCUAGAAAUAAGUAUGGCAGAACAGCACUCCACAUCGCUUCUUUCAAAGAGCAUGUUAAAGUUGUUACAACUCUCCUGGAGUAUGGCUGUGAUAUUAAUUCUAGAGACUGGGUUGGCAAAACAGCACUCCACAUUGCAUCUCACUUGGGGCAUAAUGAAGUUGUUACAACUCUCCUGGAGUAUGGAUCUGAUAUCAAUAUUAUGACUAAAAAAAAUCUUACACCUCUUGAUUAUGCUAUUGAAACUACUACUGCUGAAACUAUUGAAAUUCUUAAACGCCACAUAGUUCAAAUGAAAACCGCAAAUUUAUAUGUUAAUCAACAAAAUUUGCUUUCAGUUGAUGAAAUUUCCUAUCGUAAUUUUCAGGAAAAAUGUGAGAAUGAAAUAACAGGCAUGAAGAGCGAGAAGAUGAAUAAUUAUAAUAUUUCAUUUUAUGAUAUCUUGACAAAGAAUACUGAUUCUUUAGCAAUAUGUUUGAGGAACGAAAAUAUAGUACAGAUUCUAAAAUUAGACGACUAUAAAACAAAAUUUCCAAUAUAUGGAAGCAUGAUUAAAAGCCGUUUCAGAAAUGGUAUGAAAAGAAAAGAGUUACUUGAUCAAGGGAAUAAAAUUUUACGUUUUCUUUUUGCCAACCAUCUUCAAUUACCACAAGAAUGUACUGAAAAAAUAUUUAGUUAUUUGAGUGACGAAGAUUUAAAGAAAAUCAUCGAAAAAAGUAAAGAUAAGUAGACGCUCCUGAAAAAUUUCAUUUAAGUUUCUUACGUUUGAAUUUUACGAGUGAAAACAAUUUUCUCGAUAAAUAACGAUUUUACGCGAAAAAUUAUUUUAUUUAUGGUAAUCUUUUUUCAUGUAAUUUAACAUUUAUCGAUUUAAUUAACGUCUUUCAUAAAAUUCUAGAGGGUGACCUUUAGGAAUGGUGAAAAUUAAAGUUUUACGGGGACAUACAGUUGCUACUUAGAAUUAACAUUCCAAUGUACUUCGAUUAACGCAAACCUUGAUGGCUUAAAAUUACAGAUGUAAAAUCCACUAAUUUGUUUUGUACCGGAAUAUUUUGCUAGAAAAUACCAAAUUUGUAUUUUAAUUUAAAAUAAAUUUUUACAACAUA